UAGGCCGCCGCCAGAGGCUAGCGGCCGUAGAGACACUAGCAUUCACCUUUUUUUGGGCCGCCAGCCGCCGCAAAGCGCGUGCAAGGGCUGCCCACGGGCAAGGCGAGGCGCCAGCCAUCACAGCUGACGCAGCCCAGAACGCCAGCGAGCGCUUCUGGCUCGCAGUUCAUUUUGCAAGCCUGGGGGGCCAAGGGCACCCCAUUUGCGCACGCCGGCGCGGCGCGACGCGCACCGAUGGCAAAGCCGUCCAAAAACGACGCACCGAUGGCGACGGCGUCCGAAAAGAAGCCCCCAAGCUCGGCAAAGAAGCAAACCAGCGACGCGGCCCCGCCGGCGCCGCCAUCGCCCCUCGAUGAGAACGAGCUCAACGCCGCCGCCGCGAACCCUCAAAGUCAAAAGGAUGGCCUCGCGCACCUCAACGAGGAGCUGGACCCCGUGGCUCACAUAAGAGCGCUGGAGCGCGAGGUCGACGCGGUACGAGAACGCCUGCGCGUCUUUGCUCGCGAUAGAAGAGUGGAGCACGGGAGUUACAAAGUGCAGAAUCUCGUGAGACGACGGAACAUGUCCAGAUUAACGACAGCGAGAGACCGGUGGGUUUCAUAUGUGCGAGACGCGAAUCGGGAGCGGCAAGCCAUGGACAAGGAGCAGUGGACCCUCCAUGCCAGGGCCAAUGCGAGGGAAGACUUGCAGGCCUGGUACCACCACACCUUUGCUGAUGAGUUAUACAGACUAAGGGGUCCCUUCUGGUGGCGCGAGGCCGUGCUGCCCGACUAUAAACAUCAUCACAUUGUACAAGAUACCGAAAAUGAGGACCGGCGGAAGGCGGCCGAAAGGAUCCUAUGUUCGCCCGGGACGACGUACACCGCGAUGGCGGCGACCAUGUAUACCAUACGAGCGACGCUCGCGGAGAAGGAGUAUUCAUUGUUUGAGGCUUUAACAACUACCGGUGUCAGUGUGACGAAGCACCCUUUUAGAUCGGGCCGGCCCUCCAAAAAAACCUUCCAGCUAUCACUGGUGCAAGGAGACAUGUAUCUGUACAUGUACCUGACCUGGAAGGGCAAACGUACCUCAAUACAAGGCGUCGAGCUGGCUUCGGUAAUACGCAUUUCUCGUGGUAGGGACACCGACGUUUUAAGGAGGACGGGAAAAGUUAAAGAUGAGGGCAAAUAUCUCUCACUGGUCACGCAGGACCGGUCCCUCGACCUUUGUUUUGACGACGAAGAACAAAGGGAGCUGUGGUGGCGGACGAUGACGGCGUUAGUUGAUGUUGAGAGAGAGGUGCGAGCCGCCGCUAGUGGUCCUGACAGUCCCCCGCCGCCGCCGCCGCCGAACGCCCCCAAGCCUCCGUAAGUUUGUGAUGUUGUGACACCGACCCCGUCGUCGCGCCGCUCUAAAGCAAGACACAAUUAUAUCCACGCGCCGGCGGCGCCGUUUCUUGUCGGGGCCAUCACCACGGGUAGUAGUGGCCCGUCAUACACAGCACCGAUGUAGCGCU